AUGGGCGAGGUGGACAGGGAUGAGUGCGUGUACAUGGCCAAGCUGGCGGAGCAGGCCGAGCGGUAUGAUGAGAUGAUGGCGGAGGUGAAGAAGAUCGCGCGAAUGGUGCACGAGCAGGAGCUGAGCGUGGAGGAGAGGAACCUGCUGAGCGUGGCGUACAAGAACGUGAUCGGCAGCAGGCGGGCGUCCUGGAGGAUCAUAUACAACAUCGAGCAGAAGGAGGAAAACAAGGGCAACGAGGAGAACGUGGGCAGGAUCAGGAAGUACCGGCUCAAGGUGGAGACGGAACUCGCCAACAUCUGCACCAGCAUCCUGACCCUCCUCGAUGAGCACCUUAUCCCGGCGGCCUCCUCGGGGGAGUCCAAGGUGUUCUUCCUGAAGAUGAAGGGGGACUACCAUCGCUACCUGGCAGAGUUCAAGUCGUCCUCAACGCGCAAGGAGGAGGCGGAACAGACGUACCUGGCGUACAAGGCCGCGCAGGACAUUGCACUUGCUGACUUGGUCCCCACCCACCCGAUUCGCCUGGGUCUGGCCCUCAAUUUUUCAGUCUUCUACUACGAGAUUGAGAACUCGCCUGACAGGGCUUGUUACCUGGCCAAGCAGGCAUUUGAUGAGGCCAUUCAAGAACUUGACAAGCUUGGGGACGAGUCCUACAAGGACAGUACCCUGAUCAUGCAGCUGCUCAGGGACAACUUGACAUUGUGGACGUCAGACAUGCAGGAUGCAGAGCAAGGGAAGGAAGGUGGUGGUGAACUCCAAGUCGACGAAGUCGGUGACCAUGACUGA